AUGUAGUAUUUCUUCGGUCGAACUCCAAGCCCAUGGAUUUCCAAAACGCCCUUCCAGAAUCUUCUUUCCGUUCCGCUAGAAAUCAGCAUCUCUGCAUUGACGGAAUCUUCUCGAUCUAAGAAUCUCUCGGAACCGAACGCGGGGAUUUCUAUAUACAUCGGCGAAAUCAAGCGUUUCUUCUUUAUUUCGUCAAUCGUCGAUUCUUCUAGUUCUUCAAGAAAUCGCGAAAAUGGCUACUGAGAAGAUUGAGAUGGAGAAGCGUGAGGGGAAAUUGAAGCAUCUAGGGUUCGUGAAGGUUUUUACCUUCAAGGCUGUCUGUUUGGUGUCGAAUCUUUACGAGUACGCGAAGCAGAACUCGGGACCGCUGAAAUCGACCGUCGGUACGGUGGAAAACGCCGUGACGACGGUUGUGAGGCCUGUCUGCGAGAAAUUCAAGGACGUUCCCGAUGAUGUCCUCGUUUUUUUCGACAAGAAGGUGGAUGAAGUGACGGAGAUGUUUGAUGAACGUGCACCGUCCAUGGCCAAAAAGCUCUUUACCCAAGCACAAAUCGUCGUCGGAAAGGCAUCUCAAGUGGCUCAAGAUCUGAUCCAAGAAGCCCAAGUGUCGGGCCCACGAGCAGCCAUCACCCAUGUCGGCACACUGUCAAAACAGUUUGGAGUGAGUCAGCUGGCAGUGAUAUGGUACCACAUAAAUCUUUCCCCAGCCUUGCACGGUGUGGCAGAGGUUGCUGCUCCAACCGCUGCCCACUGGUCCGAGAAGUACAACAAGUUGGUGAAGGACAUGAAAGCAAAGGGCUAUGAGAUAUUCAGCUAUGUUCCGUUGGUACCCGUGGAAGACAUCUCCAAGGCGUACAAGCAGGUGGAGGCUGCCGCUGCGAAGAAGGACGAUGUUGCCCUUCCGGAAUCUUCAACAGAAUAGGGGAUGUUGUUUCCCAGGUUAAAAUCUUGUCGACAUAAAAGGGAAUAUAUGGUCUUUAUAUUUGAAUGACUGUGGGUGUUGUGAAACUAUAUAGGGGAGGUGUUGUGUAAAAUGACUUUGCCAUUCUCGGUUGCAUAUCUGAUGUUAACGUGUUUUUCUGAUUUAUUUCUCCCUAUCAAAAAAAAGGAUGGGCCUUAUU